AUGGCUGUGACUCAAGAGACCAACACCAAGGGAGACGGAGCAUUUGACCAUCUGGACUGGUGCUGCAGGGGCCAGUCGGAGGAAUGCGGGGGGGAAGCCCCCCCCACCCAGGGUCAACCCGAGGGAGCCGACGGCGACAAGACCACGGACAGAGGCCGAACCACCCCACACCCAGGCAGGCCGCAGAGGCCCAGGGUCCCCGCACCCAGAGCCCGCCAGCGCCCAAGGGCAGGGCCAGCCCACCACCGGGGGGAGCUUAGCCCCCCCCAGACCGCCAACCGGGGAGGCACGGUCAGUUACCCACCACAGCCACCCCCACCGCCCCCCAGAAGCCAACUGCAUGCCCCCCAGCCCAGGGAGGGACAGGAGGAGGCCCACGUAGGGCCACCAGCCAAGGGGGCCCCCAGAGACGGAAGAGAGGCAGACUCCCGAGCCGGUCCAGACCCCCAAGGUAGAGGCGGGGCCAGUGGUCCAAGGACCCAACCCCGCGGUGCCCCGGAGAGGGGUCCCCCAACAUCCAGGAGCGUCUGCGCCCGCCGACGACCCCCGCCGGGUAAGCAGACUGCCGCCCACCACAGCACCUUCAGGGAGGUGCGUCAUGAUGGGCCACAACCAUGCCUCCCUGACACCCCCCAGACCGAGCGCAGGGGACCCGAUCCCCCACGUCCAGCGACGCUUCCUGGCCACCACUGCUGCCCUCACUCAGACCGCCAGUCCCAACACGGCCGGGGGGUGAGCAGGAACCGGGCGCUCAGGAGCGCACCCACGACCACCACCCCCCACCCCAGGCCACCGGGCCAUAUGCCCCAAUCCCACCCACCCCUGGCCAAGAAGGGAGCAACCCGUCCAGGCCAGGGACACGCCAUGGCACCCCAUGAGCGCCGCCGGGGCGGAGGACCAGAUACCCCCACACCCGACCAGAAGGGUCCCCAAAGCAAGGCGGCCCCCCGUGUGCCUCCCACCAUGCCCCCCCCAAGGGACGGAGGACGCACAAGUCCACCCCAGAGCGCAGCAGGGGCAAAGCAGCAUGCACCGCCCCCCCCGUCCCCCGCUAGGGGCCAACUCCACCCCCCAGCGCCCCGCAGGCCCCAGCGCACAGAGACCCAGAGCCCCUACCCCCACCCGCAGCGCGGCGCCAGCCCAGCCCGAGCCCACGGUCCACCCCCCCAACCUCUACGGGCCCCCCAGGCCAAGGUGGCAGCCUCCCCACAAAUCCACCCCGACCCCCGUAGGGCAGACCCACAGCCACCGAGGGACGGUAGACCCAGGGCCACCAACCCACACAGACCACCAGACACCCCCAACACCCCAGAUGCACGGCCCGCAGCACCACAGACCGACCAGGGAAGACACAGUCACCAGCCACCGUAG